AUGUUGGCGGCCCUUCUCCAAAAUGAUCCUUAUUUUCUAGCGUCCCAUUUCUUCAAAUACUCAUUCAGCUCCGACCUUCUCGGGUUCAUUGUCGAGGUGACGGGCCAGACUCUGGAGGCAUACUCGCAACAGAAUAUCUUCCAGUUCCUGGGAGUGAAUGUCACCUAUAGGCUGAACGAAGGGCUCGCUAGCAAGCUGGUAGACCUAAGCUUCUUCAACCUUGCGGGUGGUCCCAUUACACCCUGGAAUCCCGAAUGGCCCUUGAUCCAGCGUUAUCCCAAGCCUGUCGUCUUGGACCUUGGAGGAAUCGGGACAUAUUCCACUAUGGUCGACUAUCUGCAGAUUGUUCGGUAUCUGCUGCAAUUCAAAGUAUGUGGUCAAACACCCCCAAACGCAAUUUUGAAGCAAGACACCGUCAAGACCCUCUUCCAGGACAAACCCACGCCACUCGGGGCGUAUAGGCUUCGAGCAUUCCUGGGAGGGAGCAUGAAUUCCGACGAUCUCAGCCGGAGCACGGCCUGUGCAGUGGUUACUAAGGACUGGGAAAGCCGCAGGAAGGCUGGAUCAGCUUUGUGGGGAGGAUGGGCAGGAACAGGGUUCGUUAUCGACCCGCAGACGGGAAUCGCAUUCGUCUUCGGAAGUCAGAUUGUGCCGGCUUGGCCCACCCUCGAAAUAGCAGAGAAGGCAGAAAGGAUCAUUUAUGCGCAUCUUGAGGAUUGA